UGACGUUUUUUGCUAUUUGUUUUUGACGUGUAACCUACCGCUAUCCAUUUAUUUACGAAACUAUUAUUAAUUUUCUCGAUCUCAUUUCUAAAAUAAUUCUUCGCAAUGUCUAGCGGUCAAUGGGAAGUUGUUGGUAAGAAUAAAAAAUCGCAGAAUGGAAAAAUGAAAAAUAAUAAUGAUGAUAAAAAGCCGGCCAAAAAUGGGCCGAAAUUGGAAGAUUUAGUUCCGGCAUCGCAAAUAAAGUCAUUUUAUUCAGGAAUGGAAAUUGAUGAUACAAAAAAGGCGCCUAAAGAUAAGAAAAAAGAGGGUGAAAAGAAAGCAAAAAAACAGGAUAAGAAAGAACCCGCCAAGCCCAAACCUCCCAAAACAAUUGAUGAAGCUUUAGAAGCGAUUGAUGCAACUGAACUAGCCAACCUAAUAACAACAAACAAAGUGAGAUUUUCAAAUGCGCCAUUAGUUUGGUUGAAAGAGCUGGCAAACUUCCUCAAUUCUAAGAUUCCGAUUGAUGUGGAUGAUCCCACAUUUUCUAACUACCCUCCUACAUAUCCUCUGAGUGUGUUACCAAUAGACAUCAGAGCGACACUUGACAAUGUUCUGCGGGAUGCUGGGAAGGCAAACACUCAGUUAUUCUUCGACGUCACUCUAACAGCGCUUGCUAAUGACAUGAGUAGAGGACAGUCUGUGAAUGGCCACAGACUGCUUCUCCAGAUGUUAGCGCUAGAGAACCCCGACUUCUGUGUGACAUCAUUGCCAAAGAGUGUAAGCCUCAGGAACUCCUAUCAGAAUCGCCCGCCCAUCGGCCUCUCAUUACUUUGGGCUUUGGGCCAGGGUGGAUACAAUAAUUUUUCAGUGGGAAUGAAAGCCUGGCAAGAAAUAUUCCUCCCUAUAAUCGAACUGAAAAAUUAUUCAAAGUACAUCAUCAACUAUUUGUCGAAGCAUCUAGACAGACACGCGAGAAUGGAUAGCACCAAAGUCAGUCAAGACCAGCUGCUGGCGAUGUUCGACACGAUCAACAGCAAGAAGAAUAGUUUGUCCAAGGAACAGUCAAGUGACCUUAUCAAACAAUUAGUUAAAUAUAAGGAUAUAUAUUUCAGUAAGAGCGGCAACAAACUGCAAGUGACCUUCAAUCAGCUGAUGAAGAAGUUGCCGAACCAAUAUCUCUCGGGUUCCUCGUUGGAUCCAUACAACAAAGUUAUUAUAGAGAGCCUCGUGGACUGUCUCGCUAUGGACGACUCGUGCAACGCUACGUGGCGACAACUGUUCAAUAGGUGCAGUAAACAGAGCGCGACGUUGAUUGAAUAUAUCGACACAAACUGGGAAGAGGUUAGCCGAAGACUGAAGAAAAAGUCUCUGAAAAUGACAAUAACUCAGUUCAAGGAGGUGUGCGGGGAGACCUUGAAAGGAAAGAAGAAGGAUGAAACUGUAGUUAAGGCGAAUAGAAUCUGCCAGGAUAUUCUAGACAGAAUGACAAGCACUAGAAGGUUCCCUUGGCUGUGGGCGAGCUUCUUCCUGCUCGUGGGCAUUGUGACCAUCAUCUCAUACGAUGUUUCAAGAGUUGGUGGGAACUUCUCAAAAAGUACAACCGGCCAAUUAUUAAACGACCUCGGCCUAUUAGAACAAAGUCAAAGGGCGUGGCAGAAGUCGUUGUCCAGUUCGGCGAGGGGCUACCUCUGGUUGGAGACCAACGUUCCUAUCUACUACGGCCAAGUGGUAGAAUUCUCCAAACCGUACUCGCAGCUAUCGAAGGACCUGUUCACUAUAGCCAUCAAGAAAACUGGACUGCUGUAUGUGAACAUAAAGGAUUAUGCCGCUGAGAAAACUCCAAUUGUGAUAGCUACCAUCGACCAGUACGCGCCGGGCGUUAUAGAAACGAUACAAGUGUAUACGGCCAAUGGAUAUGACGCCGUGAAGAAAUAUUCAAAUGAUUAUUACCAAGUCGCUGUCGAAUAUCUGUCGACGAAAGUUUUUAUAGGCAACUGGGCCCCGGAGAUCCUGCAGAAUAAAACGCAGAUAGCAUUGAACGCGACCAGGUCGCACGUGAACAACUACUUGCACUGGUUCCGGCAGCAAGUGCACAUCUACUCCAAGAUUCCCUGAAGAAUUGCCGUCUCGUGAUGAAUCUCAGUGACAUUGUGAAUGUUUUGUGAAUUGCUUUGGUGCAAUUGUGUCAACCAGCAAGAUUGUGUUUUAGUUUGUGAUAAUUUUAAAUAGUGAACAAUGGAAGCAAUACUGUUAUUUAUGGUACGAUAAGUAUGGUAAUUGAUGGAAUGUUGAAUGAUUUUUUUGUGAAUCUAAUGUUGAUUUCGUUAUCUGUAUCUUUUGUUAUUAUGAACUUGUAAAAAUUAUCUAUUGUAUUCCUGUAUUUUGGUUUAUAAACAAUGUAUUUUCGAAGGUAUUUUAAUUAUACCAACAUAAAAAAUAUCUAGACUCUAAAGAUUCUAACUUUCAAAUUUUUUUGAAGGUUGACACAAUUUUACUGUUCUAUGUUAAUGUUUUAGCCCUUGUUUUUGUGCUGAUUUCAAUUUGUGUGGUGCUAUACCAUACUCACACAAGGAAAAGUAUUUUAUUAAAUUAUUCAUUUGGUGAUAAAUUAUAAUGUAAUACAUAAAUAUAUUACUGCUAAUAUACUAUUAAUUAAAGAAAUGAAUUUAGUAUUUUGUUGUGAACAUAAAGCACCACAUUAAUUAAUUAAGCAUAUUACCUGUUCCGAUUUUAAAUUACUCCAAAUAUUGUUUUCCUUUAGUAAGUUUUAAAAUAUAUAUCUAACAAUAAGCAACCUGAGGCACAAAUUGUUCUCGAUUUUCUAUUAUUUAGAUGUAAAGCUACAACGAAAUUUGUUAUAAUAUUAGAUUUGCAAGUGGGGGGUGUCUUGUGGAAAAAAUCUGACUGUGUUUAAGACUACUAACAAUAUUUACACCCCUAACUUUAAAAUCUAAAUUUCGAAUAUUAUGCAGUAAUUAAUCCAUGACAUUAAUUAGAUCGUUUCAGUAUUCGAAAACAUUCCUUUUGCAUUUACUGAAAUUGCUUUGAGAUAAUGAUUUGCAGUCAUCUGGGUAUUGUCAAAUCACAGUGUUAAGAUAGAUUAUGAUAUAGCGCUAUAAGUUUUGUAGUGUAUUUAUUUGUGUUGAGAGUGUGUUUUAAAGUUUAAUACAGAAUCGGAAUUAAACCAUUUUUUAUUUUACUU